AUGACCGACGAGUAUUCCAUCCGGUCUGCAUUGGCAGUAGCUUGCCCGUCAUGUCUUGCUGACGUCUUCGCGCGAGAGCAGCAAUUCCGUCAAGGGAUGCGACUAUAUUCACCCUUGGCUCUCGCGAAUCGUCAAGGGAACGAAGGCCAGCUACUAGGAGAAAAAUUUCCGGGUCACGGCCUUGGACGGCUGAGCGAAAGGCUCAUACUUUUCCGGCACGAUUACAGCAACCAGAACCAAUUGGCGCUCAUCAACUCUGCAGCGGACAUCACCACGGAGACGCUGGUGGAAAUUGUUUUGAACGCCACGCUGCCGCCGGAAGAGCAAAUCACGGUCGUUAGGCCGCAUGAACUUGACGUUCAUUCUUAUCGCACCCCGACGUUCUGCGAUUCUUGUGGGGAAAUGCUCUUCGGGUUGAUGAAGCAAGGGCUUCAAUGUCGAGGCUGCAACCAGAAUUUCCACAAGAGAUGUGUAAGCAGGAUUCCGAACGGAUGCCAGGAUACACGAAGACGGCCGUCGGCAUCUCAUAACCUGCUUCCGGUUCCGCUGCAGCCAUCACCGUCAGCGACGUGCAGCAUUGGGAUCGGAUACACGUCGGAAGAUUCAUCCAGCCAGCCGUCGAGUCGCACUCCGAGCUUGGCGCCGCCGCGCUCACCCACGAUGAGUGCCGGGCGAGGUUGCUGGGCUGAGGGUCGCCCCGCGUCGAACAUCGGCCUGAAAAUCCCACACACGUUCGUUGUCCACACUUACACGAGACCCACGAUGUGUCACAGUUGUCGGAAACUGUUGAAGGGACUGCUUCGUCAGGGAAUGCAGUGUCGUGACUGUAAGCUGAAUGUGCACAAAAAGUGCUCCGAGCGGAUCCAGAAUGACUGCAUCGGCGAGGCUCCUCGAGAGAGCCACGACGUGCUCGACGUUCUAAAUGAGCAUCCCAGGAGAGCGAUUUAUUCCUUAUCGAACGGCUCGGUCUAG